AAAUGUUUUUCCUGCCAAGUACUCAAUAAUGUCUCCUACAACCUUCGCCAUUCUCCUAGUCAUCCUUGGAUCCAUCAUCUCCUUUCUUGUCCAAAUCCACAACCGAAAUGGCCGAAAACUCCCACCCGGUCCCCGGCCCCUACCAAUCAUCGGAAAUCUCCACAUGCUCACACCACUACCCCACCGAGGCCUCCAAGCCCUAGCCAAGAAGUACGGACCGAUCAUGUCCAUGCGCCUCGGCCGCGUCCCGACGGUCGUCGUCUCCUCGCCGCAAGCCGCCGAGCUCAUUCUCCAAACACACGACGCCAUUUUCGCCAGCCGACCUAAAGUCCAAGCAUCCGCUUACUUGUCUUACGGUUCCAAGGGAAUGGCGUUCAACGAGUACGGUCCGUACUGGCGCAACGUCCGGAAGUUUUGCACUCUUCAGCUUCUGACCUCGUCGAAGACCGCGUCGUUCGCGGCGUUGAGGGCGGCAGAGGUUGCGUCGCUUGUGGCAUCGCUUAGGGCGGCGGCGGCGGCGGGUGAGGUGGUUGAUGUUAGUAGCAAAGUGGGGAGGCUUGUUGCGGACAUAUCGUGUAGGAUUGUGUUGGGGAGGAAUGUUGGGGACGAAAGAUAUGAUCUGAAACGGCUAGUUGAAGAGAUUAUGCGCUUGACUGGAGCUUUCAACUUGGCUGAUUAUGUACCUUACCUAGCACCACUUGAUCUUCAGGGGUAUACAAGACAGUUGAAGAAAGUUAAUAAGGAAAUGGACAAAGUGUUGGAGGAGAUAAUUGCGGAGCACGAGGAAGUUGGUCGCUAUAAACAAGGACAUCAUGACGAUUUCAUUGACGUUUUGCUUUCCUUGAUGAACCAACCAAUGAAUCCCCAAGAUCGUGAGAAUGUUUUCAUCAUCGAUCGAACAAAUAUAAAAGCCAUCUUAGUAGACCUGCUGACGGCUGCACUCGAUACUUCCUCUGCAUCAGUUGAGUGGACAUUAUCUGAACUUAUAAAGAAUCCUAGAGUCAUGAAAAACGCUCAACGAGAGCUAGAAAGUGUCAUUGGGAUGGAGAGAACAGUAGAGGAAAAGGAUGUGGAGAAGUUGGAUUAUUUGGACAUGGUGGUGAAGGAGAGCUUUAGGCUUCAUCCGGUUAUUCCAUUACUGCUCCCACGCGAGUCUUUGAAGGAAAUAACCAUAAAAGGAUAUCACAUUCCCAACAAAUCUCGAGUUAUAGUAAACGUGUGGGCAAUAGGGAGAGAUCCAAAUGUGUGGUCGGAAAAUGUGGAAGAAUUUUACCCCGAAAGAUUCGGCGAGAGCGACGACAUAGAUUUUCGAGGCCGUGACUUUCGGCUUCUCCCAUUCGGGUCUGGCCGUAGAGGUUGUCCGGGAAUGCAACUGGGGCUGACUACAAUUCACUUUGUUGUUGCUCAGUUGGUGCAUUGCUUCAGUUGGGAGGUUCCAAGUGGUAUGAAUCCUGCAGAGAUUGACAUGAUUGAGAAGUUUGGUCUGUCAGUCGUGAGAGCCAACCACUUGCUUCUAAAGCCAAUCUAUCGCCUCCGUUGUUCCGAGACUACAUGAGAUUUUGAAAUGUGUUUUAGUGUUAUUAUUUGCUCUAAAAGUUAAGGGGUCGAGUACUCGGUUUGAAACAUUUUUAAAUAACACAAAAAUG